CUCCCGGGCCUCAAUUUCCCCGCCCGCUCCGCUCGAGGACGGGGAUGGCUGUUUGGGGUGGUAUGGUGCCCAGGGCCGCGAUGCCCUCAUCCGGCCCCUGGCGACGGUUGGCAUCCGUGGCUGCGGUUUCUCUGCGCAACUCCGCACCCUGAGUUUCCCGCCUCCCGGAAUCGGGGGAGGGCGCCCGUGAGCGGGCGGGCAGGCGCUCUCUUUAGAGUGCUUGGUGGCUGUUGGCUGGCCGGGCGCCUGGCAGGAGCUGGGGGACUCAGUCUACCCCCGUGUAGGGCUGGGGUACCCAGAGGCGCGGCGCAUGCAGACCUGCCACCCUCUCAGCCAGGCGGGAUCAUGGGCUGGGGAGCCGGAGGGAGCUGCACCCCGCGCCCACCCAUCCGCCCGCAGACUGCGCAGGAGAAGCGCGUGAUCACUGUGGUGUUCCUCGGCCUCCUGCUGGACCUUCUGGCCUUCACUCUGUUGCUGCCCCUGCUGCCAGGGCUGCUGGAGAGCCACGGCCGCGCCCACGACCCCCUCUAUGGCUCGUGGCAGCGGGGAGUGGACUGGUUUGCCGCUGCGAUCAGGAUGCCGGCAGAGAAGCGGUACAACAGUGUCCUCUUUGGAGGUCUCAUUGGUUCAGUCUUCUCCUUCCUGCAGUUUCUCUUGGCUCCACUCACGGGGGCGAUCUCAGACUGUCUGGGGAGGCGCCUGGUGAUGCUGCUGUCCCUGGUAGGUCUGGCCACGUCAUAUGCAGUGUGGGCUGCCUCGAGGAGUUUCGCGGCCUUCCUGGCCUCCAGGGUGAUUGGGGGCAUCAGCAAGGGGAACGUCAGCCUCUCCACGGCCAUCAUAGCUGACCUGGGCUCACCUUCCGCCCGCAGCCGAGGCAUGGCAGUCAUCGGGGUGGCCUUCUCGCUGGGCUUCACCCUGGGCCCCAUGCUGGGUGCCUCCCUGCCCACGGAGACAGUACCCUGGCUGGCCCUGCUCUUUGCUGCCUCCAACCUGCUGUUCAUUUUCUGUUUUCUGCCAGAGACCCUGCCCCCAGAGAAGCGGGCACCCUCCAUCACCCCUGGGUUCCGAGCUGCUGCAGAUCUGCUCAGCCCCCUGGCCCUGCUCCGUUUCUCAGCCGUGGCCCAAGGCCAGGACCCACCAGCUGGAGACAGACUUAAAAGCCUCCGCCGCCUGGGCCUGGUGUACUUCCUCUAUCUCUUCCUGUUCUCGGGCCUGGAGUACACGCUCAGCUUCCUUGCCCACCAGCGCUUCCAGUUCAGCAGGGGCGCUCAGCCAGCUGCAGGGCCCGGGUGCUCACCGUUCCCCCACCCCCAGCCUGCAGCAGGGAAAGAUGUUUUUCUUCAUCGGCCUCACCAUGGCCGCCGUGCAGGGUGCCUACGCACGGAGGAUCAGCCCUGGUGGGGAGAUUGCAGCUGUGAAGCAGGCCAUCUUGCUGCUCGUGCCAGCCUUCCUCCUCAUCGGCUGGGGGCUCACGCUGCCUGUGCUGGGCUUGGGGCUGCUGCUGUACUCCUUCGCUGCCGCGGUCGUGGUGCCCUGCCUCUCCUCUGUGGUUGCCAACUAUGGCUCACCCAGGCAGAAAGGUACAAUCAUGGGUACCCUAAGGAGCCUGGGCGCCCUGGCCAGGGCAGUGGGACCUAUGGUGGCUGCCUCAGCGUACUGGCUGGCAGGGGCCCAGGUCUGCUUCACCGUGUGUUCCGGCCUCUUCCUGCUCCCCUUCCUGCUCCUGUGGAAUCUGAGGCCUCCAGCCCACGCUCUCAAGGCCGAGUAGCUGAGCCAGCCCCGCCCUGCGCUGGGGCAGGCGGAGGCCUGGGCCAGGGACCUCCCUCCCCCUGGGCCCAACCCAGGACAGCCCAGGGCCUGCAGCCCCAGAGGGCCUGACACCCUCCUGGCUCCUCCCUAGGUGUUGCUGGCCCUGCCUGUCCCACUGGGAGCAUGACUCCAAAACCUUCCAGGCUUUCUCUUGGCCUCUCUUUUCAGCAGCACAGUGUCCGCCAGACCUCUGAAUGUCAAAAUAAAGCAGAUGUUUCAGAUCCA